GGAGGCGGCAGCGGGCAGUCCCGCCCCGGCGGGGCGGUGCCAGUGUCGGCGCCAUGUGGCGGGUCGCUGACCGCCUCCUGCGCCGCGCGGGUGCCCGGUGCUGGCAGAGGCAGCUCUCCCGGCCCGGCCCCGGCUCCCUGCGCUGCAGCCCCGUGCGGACCCCCGGGGCGGCAGCUGCCCGCUGCCUGUCCUCCAUGGCCCCCGCCGUCCGCUUCUUGCCCGCCGCCCGCAGCCUCUUUGACGAGCCGGUGGCCAUCACGGUGCAGGGCCUCAGCCCGCGGCAGCAGGUCACGCUGCGGACAUCCUUGCAGGACGAGACAGGCGAGCUCUUCGAGGCCUGCGCCCGGUACCAGGCGGAGGACAACGGGGAGCUGGACCUGGCCCGCUGCCCCGCGCUGCCAGGGGGCAGUUUCUCCGGCCUGGAGCCCAUGGGGCUGCUCUGGGCCCUGCAGCCCCAGAAGCCCUUCAGGCGGCUGGUGAAGCGGGACGUGCAGACGCCGCUGCGCCUGCUCCUGGAGGUGUUUGAGGGCCACGGUUCUCCCCCCGGGCAGCUCCUGGCCCAGGCCCAGCACGAGCGGGUGUUCCUGCGGGACGGGGUGCAGAGAGUCCCGGUGCGAGAGGGGAGGAUCCGAGCGACGCUUUUCCUGCCUCCUGGAAAUGGUCCUUUUCCAGGAAUAAUUGAUAUAUAUGGAACAGGAGGGGGGCUCCCUGAAUACAGGGCAUGCCUGCUGGCCAACUACGGCUUCGCUGUGCUGGCUCUGGCUUACUACAGCUAUGAAGAUCUCCCCAAAGAUAUGAAGGAAUUCCACCUGGAAUAUUUUGAAGAAGCCAUAAACUAUAUGUUGCAACACAGACAGGUUAAAGGUCCAGGAAUUGGGUUGCUUGGGAUCUCCAAAGGGGGCGACCUGUGUGUCUCCAUGGCCUCCUUCCUAAAGGGCAUCGCUGCCACCGCCCUCAUCAAUGGCUCGGUGGCAAACGUGGGCGCCGUGCUGCGCUACAAGGAUGUCACCAUUCCACCCCUCGGCAUCAACGCAAGCCGUAUCAAGGUCAACAAGUCCGGGGUUGCGAAUAUCAUCAACGUCCUGAACAACCCGUUAGAAGGGCCAGACCGCCAGAGCUUCAUCCCCUUGGAGAAGGCCGAGUGUCCCUUCUUGUUCAUUGUUGGCCAGGAUGAUCACAACUGGAGGAGCGAAUUCUUUGCAGUUGAGGGGAGCAAACGUUUGCAAGCUCAUGGGAAGGAAAAGCCUGAGAUAAUCUGUUACCCUGGGGCAGGGCACUAUAUUGAACCCCCCUUUUUCCCAAUGUGUGCAGCCUCGAUACACAUGCUAGUCGGCAAGCUGGUGGUGUGGGGAGGGGAGCCCAAGGCGCACUGUGAGGCACAGGUGGAUGCUUGGCGGCAGAUCCAAGCCUUUUUCCACAAACACCUCGCUGGCACGCUCUCUGGGACAUCCAGUAAGCUGUGAUGUGCAUUAGGUUAUUUUUCAGACGAAGGGGCUGGUGUUUCACGUUUGUUUUGUUCAAUGACUCCGAAUGAGAACAAAGAAUAACUACAAAUAAGUCAGGUUUCUCUGGAGGCGAGUGUGCCCCCUGGCACUGCCCCCUGUGCAGCUGCUUCUCCCAGAGCCGGGCUGUGGGGCCGGCACCACAGCCCCUCAGCCGGGUGCGAAGGGGGCAGCAAGGCCAUGGUGGCGGCGGCGCGUCGUCAUGUCCCUGCCACCCCGUGCCGCGAGGGGCUCCCAGCUUAAUUUCUGCCCCUGUCCCCUUGCCCGCUCCUUGAGGACCAGCUGGGGUGGUUGUAACAUUUUUGACCCAAAUAUUUGUUUGAAAGAGAAAGCACUGGAUGUCACUAGUGAGGUGAAUUUGCCCUGUUGACUGGGAAAAAAAAAGUACAAAUUUGUGCCUUACUAAUCCGACCGGAGCGGGUGUAGUUGAUCAGCCUGGCUUGUGUUUUAUGUGAAUUACGUUAGGCGCGUUUAUGCAUUAUGUGUGCACUGUUUGGGGUUUUGUUUCUUUUUAACGGAUUAAAAUGAGACGUUAACCGCUA